UUUCAUCCGUGGAGAAGAGCAUUGCCAUGUAUGAUCUUGGCCUUGUGUUACAUUUGAAAAGGUAUUAAGAUGUCCAUGCACCCGGACGAACGGUAGGCGAUUCAGAGGGAACAGUUGCACAGAAAUCAACAUGGUAGGAACCACUCGAGCAUUUCUUCUUGCACUGGUAGUUGGCAUCGUGAGUGGCAACCCGGUCAAGGCACCAUUCAAACUCAACAGGAGAGAUGAUGGAUUCCCAUACCCCCUCGAUGAGGUAGACAGAAUGUAUGAGGAGUCUCUUGGCAAGUAUGAGGCAUACCUUGCCAAAAAGAAUGCUUCAUCCCAUGGAUGUACCCUCGAGACAGCCGUGAGAAGGAAAGAAUGGCAUGACUUGUCGGUACCCCAACGGGAAGAAUACAUCCGUGCAGUACUAUGUCUUCAAUCGAAGCCACCAAAGGCGGACACAAAGAAAUACCCAGGUGCUAAGAAUCGAUAUGAUGAUUUCGUCUUGACCCAUGAGACGCAAGCAAUGCACUUGCACUCCACUCCUCACUUGUUCCCAGCCCACCGCAUCUAUCUCUGGGCGUACGAGAAAGCCCUGCGUCAAGAAUGCGGAUACACUGGCUAUCAACCGUACUGGAACUGGGGCCGCACUGCUAUCGAGCCGACCAAGCAACCUAUCUUCAAUGGUAAUGCCUCCAGCAUGGGUGGGAAUGGUUUGAAGGUCAAAUACCCAGGAGUCCCGACCACUGGCUUCAAGAAACCCUACGACAUCAUUCCCGCCGACGAAGGCGGCGGCUGUGUUACAACUGGUCCAUUCGCCAAUAUGACCGUAAGCCUAGGUCCCAUUGGCAAGAUCCUAACCGAUGUCCCACCCAAUCCUCGGUCGGAUGGUUUCGCUGCCAAUCCACGAUGCCAUCGUCGAGAUGUCAACAAAUAUGCCGCUGCUAUGACUGCCGCCAACUACACAUACGCGCUGAUCAAAGGAGCCAACAACGUCGAUCUCUUCCAGAAGAACAUGCUUGGUAUGCCAGAGAAGAACGAUUGGGGAGUUCACUUGGCAGGUCACUACACCAUUGGUGGAGACCCAGGAGGCGACUUCUUCUCCUCUCCUGGUGACCCGAUGUUUUGGUUCCACCAUGGCAUGAUUGAUCGCAUCUGGAUGAUAUGGCAGCUCCAGGAUCCUGACAAGCGGAUGAAUGUGCUUCCGGACAACCCACCGAAGAAUGAUGUAAUUGAUUUGCAAUGGUCGGCAGACAAAGCUAACACCUGGGAUUUGAAUGAUAGUAUUGGCGGGUUCGAGGGGCAGUUUUGUUACAUCUAUGAUUAGUAGCAAGAGGCUAAUUGACCCAUUUCGGGGUUCAGUACAUAACUACAUCUACAUCAAAUCAAAGUGCGAGAUUUUCAAGUCCCACUUUGCCGAGGAAGUGUUU